GAUUAUCUGUUCUUCCUGGGUCGUGACAGAUUAUUACCUGUUUGUGUUCAAUGGGACGACGAAUUCAUUUUGUGGUCGACCCUCAGGGUUGGUGCUGCAUGGGCCUAAUUAUCUUCAUCUGGUUGUACAAUACAAUCUUCAUUCCAAAGGUUAUCCUUUUUCCUCACUAUGAAGAAGGAAAUAUUUCAGUUGUGGCAGUUUUGUGUUAUUACUUCUGCUCAUUGUUUUGUAUAGUUUCAUUGCUUAGAGCCUCAGCAGCGGAUCCAGGAAAGCUACCUGAAAAUCCAAAGAUACCAAUUACAGAACGAGAAUAUUGGGAAUUAUGUAACAAAUGCAACAUGAUGAGACCAAAGCGCUCACACCACUGCAGUCGCUGUGGACAUUGCGUGAGGAGGAUGGAUCACCACUGUCCAUGGAUUAAUAAUUGUGUUGGUGAAGACAAUCACUGGCUGUUUUUACAGCUGUGUUUCUACACUCAGAUCCUUAGUUCCUAUACGCUGAUACUUGAUUUCUGCCAUUACUACUACUUUUUGCCGCUGAAAAAAGAAAACUGGGAUGUGUUUGUAUUUAGACAUGAGCUUGCUCUCCUAAGAAUAUCUGCCUUCAUGGGUCUAAUAAUACUAGGUGGAAUAAGUCGACUCUUUUACACUCAGCUAAUGGGUAUUUUCACU